AUGGCGGGCACACGGGCACACAGCCGUCUCCUGCACUCUCUGCUCUGCCAGCUAUGCUGCAGCUGUGGCUGCAGCUCCUGCCAUGGGCUCCGUGUAUCCACAAGCACCCGCAUCCUCUACACUCUCCUGCAUGUCCUGGCCUCUGCCGUGUGCUGCCUCAUGCUGUCCCGCACUGUGGCCCAGGCCGUCAGGGAGAAGGUGCCCUUCUCAGUGGUGCUGUGCGAACACCUGCCUGGGGGCACAGACUGCGAGCGGCUGGUGGGCUCCUCGGCCGUGUACCGGGUCUGCUUCGGCACCGCCUGCUUCCACCUGGCACAGGCCGCCCUGCUCCUCAACGUGCGCUCCAGCACCGACUGCCGCGCUCAGCUCCACAAUGGGUUCUGGCUCCUGAAGCUGCUGGUGCUAGUGGGGCUCUGGGCUGCCAGCUUCUUCAUCCCUGAGGACAGCUUCAUCCAAGCCUGGCACUACACGGGCGUCUGUGGGGGCUUCGCUUUCAUCCUCAUCCAGCUGGUACUGAUCACCGCCUUCGCACACACCUGGAACAAGAACUGGCUGACGGGCGCCGCGCAGGACAAGCGCUGGUACCUGGCCGUGCUGCUGGCCACGGCCGCUUUCUACACCCUCGCCUCCGCCGCCUUCUCCUUCCUCUACAAGUACUACACCCACCCGGCCGCCUGCCACCUCAACAAGGCGCUGCUCACCGUCAAUGGCAGCCUCUGCGGCAUCAUGUCCUUCAUCUCCAUCACGCCCUGCGUGCGGCUCAAGCAGCCGCGGUCAGGGCUGUUGCAGUCCUCAAUCAUCAGCUGCUAUGUGAUGUACCUCACCUUCUCUGCACUGUCCAGCCGUCCCCCAGAGAGAGUGCUCUACAAGGGGCAGAACCUCACCGUCUGCUUCCCGGGCGUCCGUCAGGACGAGCUGCAGACAGAGGACACCACCGUUGCUGUCCUGGGGGCCGCCAUCAUGUACGCCUGCGUGCUCUUCGCAUGUAAUGAAGCCUCCUACCUUGCUGAGGUCUUCGGGCCCCUCUGGAUGGUCAAAGUCUACAGCUUUGAGUUUAAAAAACCCUCCUGUUGCUUCUGCUGCCCAGAGAAGAUGGAGGAGGAGCUCAGAGGCGCCGAGCCAACAUGCGAGCAAGCGGAGGAGACCGCCAGGGGACAGUGCAUCAUCCAGGAUGAGCGAGACCGGGUGGUCUACAGCUACUCAGCCUUCCACUUUGUGUUCUUCCUCGCCUCACUCUACGUCAUGAUGACCCUCACCAACUGGUUCAGCUAUGAGAAUGCAGUGCUGGAGACCACCUUCACACACGGCAGCUGGUCGACCUUCUGGGUGAAGAUGUCUUCGUGCUGGGCCUGUGUCCUGCUCUACCUGUGGCUGCUGCUUAGCCCCUUCUGCCUCCACAGCUCCCCCCAGCACCGGCGCAGCAGCCCAGCCCUGCGCGUCGUGCGGCGACGACGCGCCCAGCAGCGCAUCAGUGUCUCCACGUAG